GCCGCCCCGGACUGAGGCGGGAGGGGGAUCAGACUACACGAGGGUUACCAGUGUGACAGACCGGAGACAACAACUAAAAAUGUCCGAAAUGAGAAAAUUCACCAAGAGGCUGAGCAAGCCGGGCACGGCGGCUGAACUGAGGCAGAGCGUGUCUGAGGCGGUCAGGAGCUCCGUUGUGAUGGAGAAAGCAAGAGUAGUAGAGCCACUGGACUACGAAAUGGUUAUCUCACAGAGGAAGGCUCAGAUAUACAGCGAUCCACACAGAGACCUGCUGAUGUUUCCUAUGGAAGAUGUUUUUAUAUCUACAGUUGACCGUCAGUGGAGGACAGUCCAUUCCACAUUACCUGAGGAUGCACUGAGCAAAGCAAAGAGUCUGUUUGUGAAGGAGUGCAUUAAAUACUACAGCUCUGACUGGAAAGUAGUCAACUACAAAUAUGAAGAAUAUUCUGGUGAUUUUAGAAGUUUACCUUGCAAAUCGUUUAGACCAGAAAAGAUUCCAAGUCACAUGUUUGAAAUAGAUGAAGAUUUUGACAAAGAUGAGGACUGUUCAUCAAUUUGUUCUCAGAAGGGAGGAAUCAUAAAACAAGGCUGGCUCCAUAAAGCUAACAUUGGCACCACUAUCCCCGUCACAAUGAAGGUUUUCAGAAGAAGAUAUUUUUACCUAAACCAGCUCCCUGAUGGUUCUUACAUCUUGAACUCUUGCAAGGAUGAGAAAAAUUCCAAGGAAUCCAAAGGUUGCAUCUUCCUGGAUUCAUGUAUCGACGUGACACAGUGUCCAAAGAUGCGUCGCAAUGCUUUUGAGCUGAGAAUGCUAGAUAAGUCAAGUCAUUAUCUGGCUGCUGAAACUGAACAGGAAAUGGAGGACUGGCUCGUGAUACUGAAAAAAAUUAUUCAGAUCAACGCAGAGAGUUUGGUGCAAGAAAAGAAAGACACGGUUGACCCUGUUCAAGAUGAUGAAGGCAGCAGUCAUGGGAAAUCAGAAAACAUUAUGGAGAGUUUGGAAAGAAGCAUGCAUCCUGAGCUGGUGAAGUAUGGAAGAGAGACCGAACAACUGAAUAAGUUAAGUAGAAAUGAAGGAAGACAAAACUUAUUCUCAUUCGACUCUGAUGUUCAGAGAUUAGAUUUCUCUGGAAUUGAGCCAGAUAUACGACCGUUUGAAGAGAAGUCCAGCAGACGUUUUCUUGUGAAAUGCCAGGAACUGAGUUUUAACAUUCUUGGGCAUGUAGAUGACAUCUCAGAAGGAACAUUAACAAAUGUGGAGCCUUUCUUUGUCAGUCUAGCAUUAUUUGACUUAAAAAAUAAUUGCAAGAUAUCUGCUGAUUUCCACGUGGAUCUCAAUCCUCCUGCAGUACACGAAAUGCUGACCCAUCUCACAGCCCAGUCACCCAAGGACGGAAUAUCAAAGAGAGUUUCAACCAGCGAGGCAUUUAUCUAUGGGAUCCCUGAAUCUCAUUUCCACUACAUAAAAGAGGCCAUUUUUUCAGUCACAAAUCCACAUCCUGAAAUUUUCCUGGUAGCACGAGUGGAAAAAGUAUUGCAAGGCAGCAUUAAUCACUGUGCAGAGCCAUACAUCAAAAAUUCAGAUCCAGCAAAGACUGCUCAGAAAGUGCACAAGCUUGCCAAACAAGUGUGUAGUAGGCUUGGUCAAUACAGGAUGCCGUUUGCCUGGUCUGCAAGGCCACUAUUUAAAGACACACAAGGAACGCUGGACACUGAAGGGAAAUUCUCUCCACUUUAUAAACAGGAUGGAAGCAAACUCUCCACUGAUGACCUGUUAAAACUACUAGCAGAGUAUAGAAAGCCAGAGAAAACAAAACUGCAAGUUAUUCCUGGACAUCUCAAUGUGUCAGUGGAUUGUGUACCGAUGCAGCAAACAAACUGUGUCACCUCUUCCUAUGUGCCUGUCAGGCCAUAUGAUAAAGAGAACCAGAGAAUUGCAGUAGAAGUGGAAGAGUUUGUUCCGGAAGUGACCAAGUACUGUUAUCCAUUCACGGUUUACAAGAACCAUUUCUAUGUAUACCCAAUGCACUUAAAAUAUGACAAUCAGAAAACCUUUGCCAAGGCAAGGAACAUUGCUGUUUGUGUCGAAUUCAGAGAUUCAGAUGAGCCAGAUUCACAAGCACUGAAGUGCAUUUAUGGAAAACCUGGAGCUCCUCUAUUCACCACAAGUGCCUAUGCUGUUGUCUUACACCAUAACCAAAGCCCAGAGUUUUAUGAUGAAAUCAAACUUGAACUUCCUCUUCACCUUCAUCAAAAACACCAUCUGCUUUUUACCUUUUACCAUGUUAGCUGUGACAUCAACUCAAAGGGGAGCAGCAAAAAGCACGAUAACCCGGAAACCACGGUUGGCUACAGCUGGGUCCCUCUUUUGAAAGAAGGAAGGAUCAUGACAUCUGAACAAUACCUGCCAGUCUCGGCCAAUCUUCCUUCUGGAUAUCUGAGCCUCAGUGACUCAGACACAAAAAAGGCCAGCGGUGAUAUUAAAUGGGUGGAUGGAGCCAAACCACUCUUCAAAAUCAGACGCCACUUAGAGUCCACAGUUUAUACACAAGAUUUGCAUCUAUACAAUUUCUUUGAAUACUGCCAAAAAAUGCAGUCUGGAUCCAAAGAUGUUCCAGGGGAUCUUGUCAAAUACUUAAAGUGCUUACACGCGAUGGAUGUGCAAGUAAUGAUUCAGUUCCUACCUAUAACUCUUAUGCAACUCUUUCAAGUUCUAACUAAAGUGUCUCAUGAAGAUGAGGUGGCUUUAAAUUGUACUCUUGUGAUUCUCCACAUUGUCUCAACGUGUCACGAGGAAGGCUUAGAUCAUUACCUACGAUCCUUCAUUAAGUAUGUUUUUAAAACAGAGAAGGCAGACUCUGCUCAAAGCAAACCUGUGCAUGAAAUACUGGCAACAACCAUGAUAACCGUACUGAAGCAGUCUGCAGACUUUAUAGCAAUUAACAAGUUAUUAAAGUAUUCAUGGUUUUUCUUUGAGGCUUUGGCCAAAGCUAUGGCAUUGUACUUGAUUGAAGAGAACAAAAUCAAGGUUCCUCGGCCUCAAAGAUUCCCUGAUUCUUACCAAAAUGUGUUACACUCGCUGCUUCUCUCAAUAAUUCCACAUGUCACCAUAAGGUACGGAGAGAUACAGGAGGAAUCUAGAAAUGUCAACAUGAGUUUGGCCAACUUCAUCAAGAGAUGCCUAACCUUGAUGGACAGAGGAUUUGUAUUCAACCUAAUAAAUGAUUACAUGUCUGGAUUUAGUCCCAAGGACCCCAAGAUUCUAACAGAAUGCAAAUUUGAGUUUCUACAAACAAUUUGCAACCAUGAACAUUUCAUUCCUUUAAAUCUCCCAAUGACCUUUGCAAGACCUAAGAUGCCAAGAGUCCAAGAUUUGUUUUCUUAUGCUGUGGAACGAUUCACUUCUGUAGACUCGAACCUAGAAUACAGUUUGACAGAUGACUUCUGCAGGAAUCAUUUCCUUGUGGGGCUUCUUUUACGAGAAGUACUUCUGGCAAUUCAAGAAAAUUAUGACAUUAGAAACAUUGCCAUUUCGACAUUAAAGCAGCUUUUAAUUAAGCAUGCUUUUGAUAACAGGUACCAGCAUAAGAACCAUCAAGCAAAAAUCACUCAGCUUUACCUCCCACUCAUUGGCAUGUUGUUGGAAAAUGUAUCUCGGUUUGUUGGCAAAGAUACAUUAUAUAACUGUGCAGCCAUGUCUGAUUCUAACUCCAGAGAUACUUUCAUAUGCAGCUUCUCAUCUUCCAAUAGACUAAGCUUGAUUCUGGAAAAAGAGAUGGGCUUCAGCUCUUCAUUUACAAAUGGUUUUUCCAUUAAGAGAGAAGACUCUAGAGGAUCUCUUUGUGCAGAGGGAGUGACAGAUCAAAGCACUGACGGAGAAAAUAUGCGCAGAAGUUCAACAAAAAGCAGCGUGUCCCAUUACAGCCGUUUAGAUCCAUAUGAGAUUAAAAGUCUUCUAAUUUGCUACCUCUAUGUAGUAAAAGUGAUGUCAGAAGAUUCACUGAUCAGUUACUGGAAUAAAAUUCCCCCCCAGGAGCUACUGAAUUUCCUCACACUACUUGAAGUUUGCUUAUUUCACUUCAGGUACAUAGGAAAGAGAAAUCUGGCAAGAGUGCAAGAUGUGUGGGCAACUAAGCAUUUUGGAUCAGACAGGAAAUCUCUGACCAUGCCAGCAACUAGAAGUCGGGCAGGAGCUAUGCAGGUGCGUCUGCAGCAUCUAAGCACCUUGGACAGUUCGUUUACACUGAACUACAGUUCUGGGAAUUCAGAAGCAGAUGUAAUACACCAAGCAUUGCUUGAAGGGAAUUGUGCCACUGAAGUAUCCUUAACAGUAUUGGACACGGUCUCCUUCUUUACACAAACAUUCAGAACCCAGCUUCUCAACACUGAUUGUCACAAUCCUCUCAUGAAGAAACUCUUUGAUAUUUAUCUGGCUUUUCUGAAAAAUGGACAAUCAGAGAUGUGCCUGAAGCAUGUUUUUGCUUCGCUCCGUGCCUUUAUCAGCAAGUUUCCCUCAGCGUUCUUUAAAGGAAGGGUAAACAUGUGUGCUGCAUUUUGCUAUGAAGUUCUCAAGUGCUGCACUUCCAAACUGAGCUCCACCAGAAAUGAGGCUUCUGCUCUUCUGUAUCUCCUCAUGAGGAACAACUUUGAAUUUACAAAAAGAAAGACGUUUCUCAGGACACACUUGCAAAUAAUUAUUGCUGUAAGCCAGUUGAUUGCAGAUGUUGCUCUCAGCGGAGGCUCCAGAUUUCAAGAAUCUCUUUCUAUUAUUAACAAUUUUGCAAACAGUGACAGAGCAAUGAAGGCCACUGCUUUUCCCUCAGAAGUCAAAGAUCUAACUAAGAGAAUCCGUACCGUAAUCAUGGCAACAGCCCAGAUGAAGGAACAUGAGAAGGAUCCUGAGAUGCUAAUCGAUCUUCAGUACAGUUUGGCUAAAUCUUAUGCAAGCACCCCAGAGCUCCGGAAAACGUGGCUGGAGAGCAUGGCCAAGAUCCAUGUGAAGAAUGGAGAUUACUCUGAGGCUGCUAUGUGCUACAUCCAUGUUGCUGCACUGGUUGCUGAAUUUCUAUACAGAAAGAAGCUAUUCCACAGUGGAUGUUCAGUAUUUAAGAAAAUAACCCCAAACAUUGAUGAGGAAGCUGCAAUGAAAGAGGAUGCUGGUAUGAUGGAUGUCUACUACAGUGAGGAAGUGCUUGUGGAAUUACUUGAGCAAUGUGUUGAUGGUCUGUGGAAAGCAGAACGUUAUGAAACUAUCACAGAAGUCUCCAAGCUGCUUAUACCUAUUUAUGAAAAAAGGCGAGAAUUUGAGAAACUAACUCAACUCUAUCGAACUCUCCAUGGCGCCUACACAAAAAUCAUAGAGGUGAUGCACACUGGAAAACGUCUGCUUGGAACAUAUUUCAGAGUAGCCUUUUAUGGACAGGCUUUCUUUGAAGAUGAAGAUGGCAAAGAGUACAUCUACAAAGAGCCAAAACUCACAGGACUUUCUGAGAUAUCUUUAAGACUUUUGAACCUCUAUGGAGAAAAGUUUGGCAGUGAUUCUGUGAAGAUGAUCCAAGAUUCUAACAAGGUGAAUGCCAAAGACCUUGACCCAAAAUUUGCGCACAUUCAGAUAACCUAUGCCCGCCCAUUCUUUGAAGAGCAAGAACUUUCUGAAAGAAAAACAGAUUUUGAAAAGAAUCACAAUAUCAGAAGAUUUGUCUUUGAAACACCGUAUACUUUGUCAGGGAAAAAACAUGGAUGUGUGGAAGAACAAUGCAAAAAAAGGAGUAUUUUAACAACAUCUAACUCCUUCCCAUAUGUCAAGAAGAGAAUUCUAGUCACUCAGGAGCAACACAUUGACCUAAACCCUGUUGAUGUAGCAAUUGAUGAAAUAAAAGAUAAAACUGCAGAUCUGCAAAAAAUAUGUUCCUCUCCUGAUGUAGACAUGAUCCAGUUACAGCUCAAACUGCAAGGCUGUGUUUCAGUGCAGGUGAAUGCUGGUCCAUUAGCUUAUGCCCGAGCGUUCCUUGAUGAGAGUCGAUCCAGCAAGUACCCCAGUAAAAAGAUUAAAGACUUAAAAGAAAUCUUCAAGCAGUUUAUUCAAGCAUGCAGCGUAGCCCUGGAUUUGAACGAACAUCUUAUUAAGGAAGAUCAGUUUGAAUACCAUGAGGGAUUAAAAUCAAACUUCAGAGAAAUGGUGAAGGAACUUUCAGAUAUUAUUCAUGAACAGAUGUACCAGGAUGAUGAAAUGCAGUCACCUUGGAUGCGCAAUUCUUUACACGUCUUUCAUGCGAUUAGUGGAACAACUACAGAAUGAUUUACUCUCUCUCACUUUCAAUUGAAGGGCUAACACCCUACAUCCGUUUUUCUCAGGAACAUUCAGACAACAUUUUUCCAAACAGUGAUAAUCCUAAAUUUUAUCUAGGAACGUUUACCUGUUAUACCUCUAUUUCAGUUUAUGAAGGCCAAACAUACAUUUGUUACAGACAGAUGCCCCAUAGUGAGAGCUUACUAAUUUCAUUUUUUAUUAUGUUGCUAUAAAAUGUAGCCAAUAAAUAUAAGACUAGACUGACGUAUUAUCUUCAUUGAGGAAUGUAAUCUAUACUAUUUACCCAGUGCAUAAAUAAGGCUCAUAGGCUCAGUGUUGAAUACUGCAGUCAUCAACCAUGUUGACAUCAGCAUCUGUAGCCAACGCAGUGUGUCAGAGGGCGAGGUAACUAAGCAUACGAUCAGAUGUCAGUGUUUAAGUACAUUUUCCAGUAAGUAGAAGAGCUUAUUUAUAUUGUUUAUUAUAAUUUUAUGCAACAUGUAAGUGCCUGAGUGGUUAACUGUAUCAGUCAUAUGUAUUAAUGAAGUUCUCUACAUUUAUUGGUUUAUGUUCCGUGUUGCACUGACUCAUCAAGAUAAGGCCUUAUUUAUUUCAUGUUAUAGCUGGAAUCAAACCUAGGUACAAUGUGUCACCUAUGGUUUAAGUAUUUAUAUUUUCAGUUAAUUCACAGCACACAUUACAAGAAGCAGUCUGUCCAGCUGUAUGUGUAAAAAGUGUACAAUACCAAAGGGUACAGACAUGUUUCAGUGUAGAUUAUUUUUUUAAUUGUUAAAGAUUCAUUGCUGUGCAGAGCAUCAGAUAAAAUGAAAUGUUUCCUUGCACUAGAAAAAAAAGUUAUUCACAGCUCAUACUGCAGCAAUCAUCUUACAGUGUAUACAGCUUAUAUUGAUUAAAAUGGACUGACUGUAAAUCAACAUGUGUAAGACUAUUAUGUUGCUUUUUGUUGCAAACACUGUAUGAUCAAUAUUUAAAAUUCUAAAAUAAAAUAUAUUGAAAAUGA